UAGUAAUGUGCAUCUACGACAUUACGUAGAACGUUUUUUCCCCACUGACAUUAGUGACGUCAGUCCGACAUGGCGGCGCACUUAGCACGACGUUGUUGUCCAUUUUGUCCUGGUGCUGCAAUGAUUUUGUUUCCACAGAAUGUAAAACUACGGGGUGUUGGAAUAACAGAUUUUAACAACGCUUUGCAACCGAGUGUUAGUUACGGGACACGAGAGACAGACACGACCCAGGAGACACGGGUGCACAUUCCAGUUUUUUUCUCCCCUUGGCUCUUAGACCGACUCACCAUAUCUUACAGCAGAAGCAGCGGUCCUGGUGGUCAGCAUGUCAAUAAAGUCAGCACAAAAGCAGAGGUCCGAUUCCAUGUACAAACAGCAAACUGGAUCCCAGAAGAUGUUCGACAGAAAAUCCUUGAAAAGAACAAAAACCGCAUCAAUAAGGCUGGAGAGCUGCUGGUGACCUCGGAGGUGAGCAGAAAUCAGCAGAGAAAUCUUUCUGACUGUAUACUGAAGAUCUCUACCAUCGUAGCUGAGGCCAGCAAGAAGCCCCAUGAACCAACAGAAGAGGACAUAGCUCUUAGGACAGCCAGGUUAAAGAAGAUGAACAAGGAAAGACUCAGACAGAAGAAGAUCCAAUCAGCAGUCAAACAAAGCAGACGACAGGAUUUUGACUGAUUGUAAAUGUUUGUUCCUACCGUCAUUGUUUAGUCAGUGAUUGCAUUGAAUUUAUAUUAGCCUUUAAUUCUAUGUAAGACUGAAGUCAAUUUUUUUCUUAAUAAAUAUCAGAAUUAUUCAGUGAUAUGAGAUGUUUUUACUUUUGACUGGAGAAGAUAGUAUGGAGAAUGGAAAUUGACUUAUGUAGCCAAA